AUGGAAUUAAGCUUCUUACUGGUUUUAGGAGUACUUCAAUUUAAUACUAAUGCAAAUGUAUUUGGUCAGUUACCGGCAAAUUAUAUACUAUUUUUGGCUCCACAUGAACGAGGACACUUGAAUCCCAUCUUAGAAAUUGCGAAACAGUUAACAUUUAGCGAUAAAAUAAAAGAAUAUGAUGUUAUCGUGGCUGUACCAUCAUUGGCCGAUGUCAAAGUGGCAAAAUGGGUAACAAAUGAAGGUUUACAAUAUUUGGAAGCUGGUACAUCAAAUAUAACGUUAGAAAAUAUGCACAACUUCGCCCUUUAUUCACAGAAAAAAGCAAAUUAUUUUGGUAAGAAAUAUGCAGAAAGCAUGAGCAAUAAUCUUGAAGAAUAUAUUCGCGAAUUUCUCUGGCGCUGUAGACAAAGCAGAGAAUCUAUAAAAAAAACCAUUUAG